AUGGAGGAGAACUGUCGAGACCCAAAGAACCUUUUUAACAGUUUCCCGCUCAUAACUCCAAAUGUAUUUUAUUUCACACAGGUGUGGAAUUGGUGUGAAGGAAAGAUGAAGGUCCUUCUUCUCCUCCCGUUCUUCAUCUCGCUGAUCCUUGCGACCCGUACCUCCAAACGAAAUGAAGGACAGAACUACAAUCUUUCCUCGGAACGGCAAGAUUUCGAUCUUUCUGAAGCUCAAAUGAAGUUUGCAUUGAGGAUUUAUAAACGCUUUUCUCCGCUAUCAGCAAGACCCCAACCAAACAUAUUUUUUUCACCAGUCAGCGUCUACACGACCCUCUCCAUGCUGGCCCUCGGAGCCCGAUCGACAACUCGCAUGAAAAUCCUCCAAUCCAUGGGCCUGAAUGACACCGAGACCAACGAAGAGCUAAAUGAGGCCAAUAGAAAGCUCCUUCAAGUGGUAAGUCAGCCAACCAAAGACGUGGAAUUCAAGAUCAGUAAUGAGAUCUUCAUAGACAAUUCGAUAAAUAUUCUACUAGAAUACCAAUAUAACGCGGCUCGCUACUACAACGCCUCCAUUCAGACCAUCAGCUUCGGCGACCCUCAGAAUGCUGAGAAAACGAUCAAUAAGAUUGUGAGCGACAGAACAGAUCAGAAGAUACAGAAUGCGGUCGGUGACUUGGAUUCCAAAACAUCGAUGGUUCUCCUAGGUUAUGUAGUCUUCCGAGCAAAAUGGAAAUCAGAAUUUGAAAAACAAAAUACAGAGAAGAGAAAGUUCCUGGUGAAGGAGGAGAGACCGAUCUCAGUGCCAACGAUGCGCCGGCGCAGAAUGUACAAGACGUACAAGGACACGGCGAUGGGAUGCGAGGUGGUGGAAGUUCCGUACUCCGGGAACAUUUCCCUUCUCAUCAUCGUCCCAAAACUGGGCGACGUCUUCCACAUGGAACAACAACUCACCCCCCAGAGAAUAAAGAAAUACCUGCGAUCAAUGAAAACCAGUUUGCUGGACCUCUACAUACCCAAAGUGUCCUUCAACACCCCGGUCAAUGUGGCCUUUGGGUUGCUAGACAUGGAGAUGGGAAUUAUGGGAAGUGACAAUCCUGACUUCUCUGGAAUCUCAGAGAAAGAAAAGCUACGAGUUUCAGCAUUUAUCCAGCAGUCUUCUAUCAACAUGGAUGAGGGAGCGACGGAGGCGAGGAGUGCGGCUGACGCCCAAUGGAACUUCGCCUUAGGAGGCCCGGAAUUCAAAAUUGACCGUCCAUUUCUCGUGCUGCUUUACCACAAAGUUGCCAAAAUCAUUCUUGGAAUGGGCCGAAUGAUAAACCCGCUGUGGCCACAGAACAGCCAGAGUCCUUCUAGAACUUUGUCCCAUCUCCACACAGGAUUUCCGGAGCUCAGUCAGUGA